GGCUGUAGACCAUGCCGCAGAGAGGGGCGGAGCUGCGCGUGCGCACAGCCGAGGCGCGCCCCUGAAGGCGGUUGAAAGAUGGCGACUGUCGCCGAGCUCAAGGCUGUUUUAAAGGACACCUUGGAGAAAAGAGGAGUAUUAGGGCACUUAAAAGCAAGGAUCCGAGCUGAAGUUUUCAAUGCCCUGAAUGAUGAAAGUGAACCCCGACCGCCGUUGUCUCAUGAAAACCUUCUAAUUAAUGAAUUAAUUCGGGAGUAUUUGGAAUUCAACAAAUAUAAGUAUACAGCAUCUGUCCUCAUAUCAGAAUCUGGUCAGCCUGUAGUACCAUUGGACAGACAGUUUCUCAUUCGGGAACUAAAUGCGUUUGAAGAAUCAAAGGAUAACACGAUACCUCUUUUAUAUGGAAUUUUAGCUCAUUUCUUGCACGGAACUAAGGAGGACCUCCAAAAUCCAUUUUCGAGAGGGUCUUCACUUCAGCCUCCAAACCCAGAUCUUGGCAGACAACCUAGCGGAAGAAGGCAAAGGGAUGACCACCUAAGAAAGGAGAAGGGGAGUAUUAAUAAUAUUGAAGAUCCUCUUGUUUCUCAAGCAGUAAAGAGAUGACAUUUCCAUCUGGGGUGUCUUUUGUCUUAAAAUUAUGUGUAUUCAGUACCAUAUUUAUUCUGCCAACAUUACCAAAAUACGUCACUAAUGUUUGUACUUUGUAGAAAUUCGAGUUUCUGCAAAACAUUUAGCCCCUCCUGUUUUACUACAUUUGUGAAUAAAAACUAACUUAUAGCUUCCAGCUUCUUGGAUUUGACUUGAAAGAGAAAAAAAAAUACUGUUUUCAGAAGGUAUGAUAAAGUUUUUUCAAUUUGUAAGAGCUAAAGGGAUUUUAUUAGUACCUCUAUGUUCUUAAAAAAAAAAAGUUCAGGCCUUUAUAGCCAUAUGCUCUGCUCUUUAACAAGGUUACAUUAAUUAAAUUUCCUUCGGGCUGGAAUUAGGUGGAUUUGUAGAAAAAUCCAUUCAUGUUCUGAGAAAACAUUUAAAAGAACACUAAAGCCAGAAAAAACUAUUUUCUAUAAACUUUGUUUUUUUCCUUAUGAUUAGUGGUUUUUCAGAUAACCAUUUAUAAUUAGGUUUAGAUAUCUGAAUUACUAUCUAAAUUUGAACUUUUAAACUAGGUAACAAUGUACUUUUUCUUUCCUUGGACCAUUUUGGCUUCUAUUGGAAGAUUUAAUUAAAAUGAAGAGGGGGAAAUAAUUUUUUAAUUUUGCUGUAAGUAAAACAAAGAGUUUAUUUCAUUAUAUAAAGAAUGUGGAGUAAGCAUGAAGAGACAGGCUUUAGGAGAAAUACCAGAAGGCACUUUUUAAAAGAUGGCAUUGUGUAACCUCCGUGUGGCCUUCAGCUGUGCACUUACAAGGCGAGCUACGCCAGGGGCCGUCACUACCUACUCGGGCUCCGGAAGUCUCAUUAAAUGCCAGUUUUUCGUUCUUGGGAUAAAAAAAAAAACGGUAAGAGCUCUUAGUGUGCGAUCUCUAAAAUGCUAUUUUGAUAUUUAUUCAGACAUUUUUAUAACGUGGAGUCUCCAGACCGAUAUCCCUGACAACACCUGUUACAAUAGCGCCCAGUCGGCCGGAAGUCGCAAAGCGUGUUCUGGGCGUGAACUGCGCAGGCUCCCGUUUACUGACCGCGUUUAGCUUGAACAGUGUCCACAGGGAAAGUGAUCAUGGCUGGAGCCGGAAAAAUUGGCGUCCUCUUCAGGGUGCGGACUCUGUGCUGCCUGUGGAAAUUACUGACACUUAUUAUUGACUUCCUGUGCGGUGGUCAGCGUUCAGUCCUUACACCCUAACCAAGAAUUUUUAUCUGAGUGCCAAAAGUUUAAAGAAGUCCCCUCAAGACAUACUUGACAAGUGAGAGGAUUUUGCGAGGCCCUAUUGAUGAGCUAGAAUUACUUACAUAGAUAAGUGCCAUCAGGGCUCAUUUCCAUUUUUAAAAUUAAAUCUGUAAUCUAUGGUAACAGUUAUGAAUUCCGUUGUAUUGGGUGUGGGGAUAUGAACAUCUGAAUUCUUCUCAGAAGACUUGGUUUACAUGCAAGGAUGUUGGCAAUGGACGCUAAGUUUACCUCAGGAAUUACAAUCAUGCAGGACUAGAUUAAGAAAAAAUUCUGGACUUUAUCAUUUUGGAUACUGAUACAAAGUCAUCACGAUAGAAGCUGAACAGAAUUGUCGCGUGUAGUCGAUAGUGCUUUUGUAUGCAUUGUCCUGUCAUUUGUUUGCACCCAGGCCACUUUUAUACUUUCGACGUAUCAUUUAAUAAAAAACACUGGAGCAA